GUGCUCACGGUGCUGGCAGCCGUUCUGUUCGUUCGCCAGAAAUGCUCCGGCUGGGCUGCGUACUACCGUUGAUCGGCGCGGGCCUGGCCCUACGCCUUGUCGUACUCCACACCAACGACAUGCACUCCCGGAUAGACGAGAUAGCCGCCUCCACCGCCGCCUGCCGCCCCCCGGCGCCCUGCUACGGAGGAUUCGCGAGGGUGGCUGCGGUUGCCGCUUCCAUGAGGGAUAACAACACCAUCUUCCUCAAUGCCGGGGAUAACUUCCAAGGGACACCCUUCUACUUCGUCUUCAAGUGGAGGAUAAUAGCUCAACUCAUCGACAAGUUAGGGAUCGACGUAAUGAAACGAUAUGAUGAAUUGAUAAGACAACAGUCGACUGACCGUUAUCUUACGUCAGUAGACUUACUAUCUAAAACACUUCAGCUUCCUCCCAGGAUCAGUAGUCUAGUGUAUAAAGAUUGGCAGAUGAUCACUCAUGACGGUGUGGAGACAGUUAGCGAAAAUGGCAUUUGA